AUGGCUGUGGCAAACACAGAGGCUGUUCUGAAAGAGUGCGAUCUGAAACACUGCCUGCCACAACUGUACAAGGGCAUCCUGACAGCUUCAUGUCUGUCAUGCCCCAGUGACCCAAUACAGUUUCUGAAGAACACUCUCAUGGCCUUCCAGGGAAAUGACAAUCUACAGGCUGUUGACUGGAAAUGGAAGACGUUCACUAUGCAGAGCAAGAGCGAUACCACAGAGACGAUUCUGAAGAUGGAUAUGGCAAAGAAACACUCUGAGAAGAAAUGCAAGCAAGCUGCAUUUAACAAAUGGUUGGACUGGGUAACCUUUCACAAGAAAACAAAGGCUGCUGCCAUCAAGAAACUUGAGACUCUUGUGAACGCCUGGUGCCUCAGGCGCAUCAUAGCUGCAUGGCAUCAAGCUACAAAGGACUCAAAGAGGACAAAAGAGUACUUUAAGAGAUUGGAAAUGAGUUUUGCUGUCGGCCACAAGGAUCAGCACACUGGAGAAAAACAUGAUGGACUCUCAGCGCUCCCCAGCAGCCUCUCACUCAAGAUCUUCCAGUAUUUAGAGUUACGAGACUGGCUGAACUGUGCUGAAGUAUGUUGCACAUGGAAAUCUAUCAUCCACUCAGGUACACUGUGGAGUCAGAUCAACUUCUCUGCAGGUAAAGACUGGAUAACAGACAGUACAGUAAAGCACAUUCUGCGGAGCUACAGACCAUUUGUGACCAAUCUCAACCUGCGUGGCUGCUCGUCCCUAAAAUGGCCCAGCUUCAAAUGCAUCAGUGAAUGCAGAAACCUCCAGGAGCUCAAUGUGUCAGAGUGCUUUAAUAUCACAGAUACGGUGGUUCAGAAGAUUGUUGAGGGCUGUCCCUGCCUGCUCUACCUUAACCUUUCUUGCACACUUAUAACAAACAAAACUCUACAAGAACUGUCCAGGAGCUGUCUAAGCCUCCAGUACCUGAGUCUGGCGUACUGCCGCAGAUUCACAGAUAAAGGCUUUCUGUACCUGACCACAGGGAAGGGCUGGCGCAAUCUCAUCCACCUCAACUUGUCCGGCUGUACUCAGAUGACAGUAAAUGGGUUCAGAUACAUUUCUACUGGAUGUCCUGCACUCAAAGAGAUCGUGAUCAAUGACAUGCCAACGCUGUCUGAUAGCUGUGUCUUGGCCCUGCUUGCCAAAUGUAACUGCCUGUCUGCCAUUUCUCUGUUGGAUGCUCCUCAUCUUUCCGACAUCGCUUUCAAAGCCAUUGCCGAAGCAGCCAAACUGAAGACUUUCAGUACAGAGAGCAACAACCAGCUCACAGACGUCAGCUGGAAGGCUUUGUGCAGCAACUCGCAAGGCCUCCGUAGACUCCACGCAGCAAAAUGCCCCAGAAUGACCGACGCCAGCCUCAAAUCUGUGGCCACUCUCAAAAACCUGGAAUACCUGGACGUCUCAUUUUGCAGCAGGGUGAGUGAUGUUGGGAUACAGUAUUUGACCGAAGGCUCUUCAGUCACUAAAUUGGAAGAGCUGAAUAUCAGCCACUGCAGUAACAUCACUGAUGCAUCUGUCAUGAGGAUUGCACAAAGGUUUUGCAAACUGUACCAUCUCGAUCUGAGUUACUGCGAGAGGCUCACUGACUUGGCUGUGGAGUGGCUGAGUGGCAGCUCUGUCUGCUCUCUUGACAUCUCCGGUUGCAGCAUCCAGGAUCAGGGACUGGCUACUCUUGAGGGAAUUCACUUGAAGAAGUUAGUUCUUGCCGAGUGCGUCUACGUCACAGACAUUGGCAUAGAGAAGCUGUGUAAGAAUGUGAAAGAGCUGGAACACGUUGAUGUUUCUCACUGUGCAGCUCUGACGGAUGCAGCCAUCAGAAGCCUUUCAUUUUACUGCAAAGGUUUAGUCACGCUGCAGAUGUCAGGUUGUCCUAAGAUGACUGAUAUGGCAGUGCAGUAUCUGACAAGUGGAUCUCAGUACCUCCGAGAGCUUGACGUGAGUGGCUGCGUCCUCCUCACUGAUCGCACAAUUCGACACUUGGAAAGGAUUUGUCCUCCACUCCGCUCCAUCACGAUGGCCUGCUGCAGUGGCAUCUCCAGGGCGGCUGCCUUAAAGCUGCAGUCAUGUGUGACAUACUUGGAGCACAGCAAUAAUGACCCCACGUACUGGUUUGGAUACACCGUUGGCCAAAUAAUGCAUCCAUAACAAGACCCAUCAGGACUAAUGACACUUUGGAAGUGACGGAGCAGCACUCGGUGACAACAACUGCAGCAAGUACAAAAAGGAUUUAAGCAGCAGAGACAUUACACACCUGAGAUAAUCCUCACAAAAAAAUCACAUGGCUACAGUCCCGCAUCACCGGAUUAAGCCUCCCCUGUCUGUGGUUUCUGUUCUGUACAGAGGCCCUGACAGUCUUAUGGAGGCGGCUGAAAUAUUGCUGUCAGAUCCUGACAGUGGAAUUUCCUGUGCUGUUCUGGCUUGCUUUUGAUCGUAUAGCUCACGUGCUGUUUCUACAUAAAUGCUAACACACUGUAAAGGUGGAAGAACUCUUUUAUAAGUGAAUUCAAAUAGUUUUACUUUUCUAUUUAUGAUUUAUAGUGAUGAUAUGGUAUUUUUUCCUCACUGGAAUACAGUGUAUCAACUUUUAUACAUAGCUUUCAACUUUUUCUACACGAUCAGCCAUUGAAAGGCUCAAACUUCUCAAUUGUUAGCUUGUUUUAGUAUCUAAAAUAACAAGUCAAUGUAAUAUAAAAUAGUUUAACUGUCCCAUUUUGGUUGAUCUACAGUAUUUUCCUCAGAUGGUGCUUGGAGUGACUGUUGUUUUCUGAAUACGCUGGAAUUCAGAUUGAUGACUGGUUGUAAAAGUUGCUGCCCUGUAUGGAAGUCAGGCUUCCUUCCUUAUCUCUUGUUAAAAGAAAUAGUUCUAAACAAUAUCACUAGAUGAUGUUUACUGCUAACAAGCAAUUAUCACAAGCAAGUAAACUUUCAAAAAAUACAACUUAGCAGUUUUCUGGGCUUUAAAACAGCAUAACUACACGUGAAUUUAAAAACCAGCUGGCCAUCUUUAAGAGGAAGACAUGAACAU